AUGCCAAUGCCAAGUCGCCGGCGUAAUCGCUCUCUAGCGUCUUGCGAGCCAUGCCGGAAAGGCAAGAUGCGGUGUGAUCAUGGCCAACCCAUCUGUGCCGCAUGUAAACGUCGCGGUCUCCACUCUCAAUGCUGGUAUCAUCCAGCACCUCUAACUAAACAACGAACUUUUCGGACGGCAGCUCUUUCAACUCCACCAGAAUCAAAUGAUGUGGCAGAAGGCGAAAUUUCGAGCACCGCCAAUGGUUAUCCUAAUACUGCAGAAGCCUUUCCGACCGGCACUCGAAAGCUACUUACCUGGCCAUUCAUAUCAGCCGAGUCUAACGAACCGGUAUCACAGGCUCUGGUAUCAAAUCAUCACAGAUCCCACACGAAAGUUCACGAUGAGUAUCUGGCGAUUAUAGAAGACAUUGCUUCCCAACUGAAGUUUCUGCCAGUCAUAGAAAAACGACUUCAUGAAUAUUAUUCGUUCAGUCAAGUGGCACUUGUGCCCAGGCCGAUUAUGUCGCAGCUGCUCACAUCAAUUCGAACUAGUCUCAAGGCUUCAGGAUACAUAAUGGAAGAUGGGGUCAACGAGGUUUCUCUUUCCCAUACUUCACAACUGGCAAGAGAGCUUCUCCGCUCUUCUUCAUCGGAACUUGCCGUUACAGCCAACUUGGACCUAGAGGCCUUCUGUGCAUUAUUCAGUGGGAAAAAUUGCGCUUAG